AUGUAUGCCAUUUUCACCAACAAUUAUGCUUUUUUUAAGCUUGAUUUCCUUCUGAGCAAUGCCAAAACCUUCCCCAAGAAUCAUCCAUGGACUACUCAGAUUUCACCACCGCCAAAUCAUGUCUCUAACUCAAAACACUUGUCUCCAAGCACUUCUUCUCUCGCCUCUAGAAUUGGCAGCUCACUUAAAAGACCGUACUCGAAUGGGUUCUCCAAUUCUACUUCUUUCCCAUCUUUUAUUUCAAAUCCCAUUUCUUCAAAUGGGGGAUUAUCUCAUGUUCUCUCGCGGGGAAAACCCAACUUUUCAUCUUCAUUGAGGACUUACCGCCCGUUUUCUAAACAGAGUGAAACAGGGUUAAACAGAGAACGAAAAAUGACUUAUGCUACGGCGGUUACCUCUACUUUUUCGAGGUACAGUGAGGCUGUAGGUUUGCAAAUUGAUGCCUUUUGGAAGAAGAAUUUUAUCUUCCUGCUUGGGGCUGGAGGAGUUGUACUGUGUGCUUUGCUUUGGAGGGUUAUGUUUGGGAUUGCCAAUACUUUCAUUGGCCUUUCUGAAGGCAUGGCCAAAUAUGGUUUCCUUGCCCUUUCUUCAGCCAUAGUUGCCUUUUCAGGUCUGUAUAUCUGCUCUAGAAUCACAAUCAAUCCUGAUAGAGUUUAUAGAAUGGCUAUGAGGAAGCUUAAUACUUCUGCUGGAAUUCUUGAGGUUAUGGGUGCUCCUUCUACAGGAGCAGAGUUAAGAGCCUACGUGAUGUCAGGAGGUGGGAUUACAUUGAAGAACUUCAAGCCAAGGCUUAGGAGCAAGUGUUCUUUUCUCAUCUUCCCCAUACGAGGUUCCGAGAGAAAGGGUCUAGUCAGUGUUGAAGUUAAGAAGAAAAAAGGCCAGGCUUGCUUUUGUACAUCCUGCACUCUGUUUUUUUUUUUUCUCAUAUGAUGUAGUGGUAUAAGUAUUCAUUUGGACUAAGUCCUGUGUGUUAGGUUGGUUUUUCUUGUUUUGCCUCAAUUUCCUUUAACAAGACUUAGUGACUUUUUAUUGAAGUUCUACUAAAUUAAUGCCCUGCUGUGUGUGAUGAAGAUAAGUAUAUGCCAGGAUCGGGAUUAAAUUCUUGGUUUUUUGAUGAAAUGUUUACGCAUCCUUUUCUUUUCUUUUCUUUUCUUUUUUCCAAAUAACAAGCUUGUUCGUGGAACUUAUUAAAGUGAUUGAGGUCAUGAAUAUGAUUCUUCCAAUCGAAUGUCGCUCUUGUUAAACUGUAAAUUAAGUGGCUCUUAUGUGCGGAAAAUUGAUUGUAGACUUUUUUUGAUGAUUUGGCUUUCAUUUUGUUGUGGAUGAGCAUUUUUGAGAUUUGACUACAUUUGUUUCCCCUCAAACAUUUCCUGCAUUUACUUGUGUUUGGCAUAUACAGGAAAUUGGGUAAUGGAAAUUGCAUUUCUAGUCAUGGUAAAACUUAGCCAUUUUCAAGGUAAAUAACUUCCAUUUCAAAAUGGCAAGUCUUGUUUCAAAAGGAAAUUGUGUCUAUUUUGUUAAGUCUCUGUGGUCUCCAUUAUUGUUUCUACCGUUAUUUUGUUAAAUCUUUUGAGGGUUUUGCACAACAAUCUUAUAACGUUAACAAGUACAGUCCUGACACCUCGUAAAAUUAUGGAAUGCAAAUGUGAGCAGAUGGGGAGUAAUUGAAGGUCAUUCACACUAUCCUCUACUGUAGAAUUGAGAUAAAAAGACCUGUUAUCCUGAUGCUUUCUCUGCACAAUCAUUCCUGCAUAUCUCUAAAAAAUCACAUCAUCCUAGAGCUGCUCUUACAUGCAUCUCUAGGAUCCUCUUUUCUUUUAUUUGGAUGAUAAUAUUGAUAGAGAUACUUAAAUGGUAAUGUCCUGAUGAUGUUAUUCUGCUGUGCAGUAUGAUAUGAAGCUAUUGGCUGUUGAUAUUCCAAUGGCAUUAGGACCUGACCAGAGAUUAUUUCUGAUUGGAGAUGAGGAUGAGUAUAAGGUUGGUGGUGGACUAAUAUCUGAGCUGAGAGAUACUGUUGUGAAAGCUAUGGCAGCCAGUAAGGAAUUUGAUGAUCUUGAUCAAAAUGAGGAAGAGGAGGAUGUGGCAAGAGAACUCCAGGAAGCAGAAAGAAGGCACCGUGAGGAAAUUGAAAAGCUUGAAAGAGAUGGUUCCUAGUGUGUGUUUAUUAAGGAUUUUUCUUAUUCAAACUUUUGCUUCAUUCUUUUCUGUUUUGUUUUGCCCUGGAAUUUUUUGGGUAAAUGCCUAAGGCUUGAUGUAGGAUCAUCUUGCAUCUGUAUCAGAGUUGAGUUUUGCAAGUCUUUUUUCUUUAAACGGCUAAUGAACUCCUACAGAGAUCUCAAAUUUUUAAAGUUGAGAUGUCUAAUCAAGGUAAUAAAGUAUACAACUGGGGUACUGUGCUUCACUAGAAGUGAAA